UUCAUGUAUUAUCAAUCAAUAAAGGCGCAGUAAUUAUAGUAAUACGUCACACAUAUUACAGGAACAAGUAAUUGCGAAAUAAUUUAUUCUUGCACAUUCUCAUCCUUGAUGAUCGUUAAAUUAAGAGGUGGUUGAUCAGAUAUUCGUAACCUCCAAAAGCAUUCCAAAAUUGAUACUGCAAAUUAUAUAGAUAGAUGAUGCCCACCAUUAUUUUGAUCAUUGAUAUUUACAAUCUGUAUAUUCCGCAAAAGUAAUAAUAAGAUGUUCUAAAAUAAAAUGGAUAUCAUAUUACUCAUUGAUGCUUGUACUUAUAAUAAUUAUUUUAAUGCUGGAAAAAAAUUUUAUGGACAAAUAAUUAAAAAUAAUUUUCCUCUCUUGUUAUAUAUGGUGUUCCCUCUCUCUUUGAUAGCAUCAUAUGUUUCUUUCUUUUUUCUUGUAACUCCCUAAAAAAAAUCAAUAAAGUUGGGAACUG